AUGUCAUCAUCUUCUAAAAGAGAACUUGAUUGCAAUGGUAAUGCUUGUUCUACGUGUGGUCAUUGUCGUGACUGGAAGCACAAUGGUCGUAAUUGGUAUCGUACUCCAGAUGCCAGUUGUGAUGAUUAUCGUUAUUGGCAUUAUGUAAUUUAUCGUCAUUCUCCUGCUUUUCAACGUGGUAUUGGUGAUCGUCUUAUUUCUCAUUAUUUUCAUCGUGGUCCUGGUGGUGGUGUUGCUAUUUUUGACAGCCCGACUCAUGUUGGCUAUCAUAAUUUAUGUGAGUGCAGAAAGUGACCGUGGGUGUGGGGUGCAGGGUGUGGGUGUGGAUACAGGCGAAGCAAAGACAGCCCACGCACACGUACACGUGCGGGUGUGGGUGUGGGUGUGGGUGUGGGUGUGGGUGUGGGGUGUGGGUG